AUGGAUUUAAAUAACACUUCUUCACUUGACCCUCUUCUUGACUGGAUAUUACAAGAUAACCAGGCUAUCACACCUAUUCAGUUGCCAACAAAUGAAAAUAGCUCAACAGAAGCAUCUUCCUCGACCAUUACUAAAACUCGAAAAAGCUCUCCUUCUGAAGAAGAUGAUGAAGAAGAAGAACUAACAGAUGCUCAAUUGAAGUUACUACCUUCAAAAGAAAGAAGAGCUUUACGCAACAAGAUAUCAGCCAGGAAGUUCAGAAAUAGACGUAAAGAAUAUCUGAAUACUUUGGAAACUCGGUUAGAAAAUUGUCAAACAGAAAAUGCUCGUCUUCAGAUUGAAGUCAAAUGGAUGCAUGAUAUGAUGGACAAACUACAGUCAGAAAAUGAUCGACUUCGAGUUGAACUUGCACUCUGUAAAAGUGGUAUUCAAACCAAUCCUAGUCAACAACCCCGUACGAUUCAUACAGACUGGGAUUACUUAUGUCCACCUCCACCUUCAAAUGAUGUGUAUUUAUCGCAUGCCACUGUACCUGUUUGGAAUUUGCCUGAUAUUCUUUCAACUGAAAAGACAACACAUUUGAUGCAGACAUAUCCCUUACUAGCUCCUACACUCAUGUCUAUUGUAUUGCAACAUACCAUGUCCAUGACAACAGAUGAAUUACUGGCGCAUGCCAAAUUAGCACCUUAUACUUCACUCAGUCUACCUUCCAAAUAUCCUUCUACACUCACCAAAUCCAUUGAUUUCACUGAAUCACUCAAGCAAAACUAUAUGCCACAACCAAAGAGAUCGAUGUGUCCUUUAAAUUGGCUAAAAAAUACCCUUUAUUAG